UUCUGCAGCUGCAGGAACCAUGUCUUCAGAACCUCUGGAAGAUUCUGCGGACGGAACCAUCGUCCAGAAUGAGAAUGAGGAGCUCCGUGGUCAGCGCAGACCGCUGGAUAUCACCCGGAACCCGCAGCUUCAGCUCCACGUUAAAGUCCUCCCCCAGCAUUAUGUGAGUGGAAAGGAAAAUCUCGGUGAUCAGCAGAGAAACUCCACAGUGGAGCAGGAAGAUCCAGAACCUUCGCAGAUUAAAGAGGAGCAGGACAAUCCAGAAUAUCAACAGAUUAAAGAAGAGCAUAAGGAACUCUGCAUCAGUCAGGAUGAAGAGCAGCUUGAUCUGAAGAGGGAGAUUGAAACCUUAAUGGAGACUCCUACUUAUAAAGCACCUGAAGAGCAAGCCAAGGUUCUUGAUCCCCCAGACAUCCACACCCCUCCCCCUCCACCACAAGCUGAAGCUGCUGUCGUCCCAGAUGGUGAUGGUACCACCGCUACCACCACUGCUGCUGCUAGGAGACCUGACUCUUUUACAUCAUUGUCAAAGAAGGGUGGUGAGCAACAACAAGAGCAGGAGAUCACACCCCCCUCCCCCUCCAGUGGCAAUGCCAAGGGCAGAGGAAGAAAGAGGAAGGAGAAGAGUGCAGCUGCUGCCAAGCCCAAGAAAGACUGGAGCAUUGAGGAGAAGGUGGAGGAGGAGAUCCUCAAGUGGCUGCAGGCCAAUCCCUACCUGUGGAUGAGGAGCAAGAAGGGCUACAAACGGAAGAAGGCGGCCUGGGAGAUGAAGGCGGCGGAGCUGGGGAUCUCUGAGGGACACCUUGAGUGCUGGUGGAAGGGUGUAAAGGACUGGCAUGUGAAGCUGAUCAAGAAGAGAAGUGACCAGGCAACCAAGAUCCACACAGAGAGAGAGAACUGGGUCCUUAAGAAUGUGGCAUUUUACAAAAGUUCCAUACCAAAAAAGGGGGGUGAUCCCCAGGUGCCCCUGGCCCGCCAGCCGUCCCAGUCUUCACAGGCCUCUGCUACAGUGUCCAAACCCCCUGAUUCGGACCAGAAACUUGAGGCAAGCGGCAGCAACGUCCUGGAGGAGCUGGAAGCAGCAGCCAUGCCUUCAACCCAGACCUCAUCCAGACAGGGCAGUCACAGCGACCGGCACGACAAACGUAAGAGGGAGGAGCAGUGCCUGGAGGAAGAGGACACUUGGAUGGCUUUGCUGAGGUCCACAAUGAAGGCCAACCAAACCCUCCUGGAGAAGCUUCUUGAGGAAAGGCCCGUGCACACAGAACGUGAGGCUUUCAUAAGAUUUGUGUCAGACACUCUACGCACUGUUCCCGAGGAGGACUAUGCUGAAAUGAAGAACCUCAUUCUGGACAUUGUCAGCCACCGCCGCCAGCAGCCUGCACAGUCUUCCCAGCCACAGCCCUCCACUUCCUGGAGUAGACCAGAGCUCCAGCCAUCUUCCCAGCAUUUCAAUCAGAACUUCCAGCAGCAGCAGCAUUACUUCCAGCCACAGAGCACCCAGUACACCCAGUCCUAGCAAUAUGGCCAGAACCAGAUCCCAUCAUGAUCUAUGCUGUGCAUCUUCAGUCCAGGUUCCCUAACUAACAUGAUCAGUGAACAUGACUAUUGUGGGAGCAUGUUGUCUUGCCUUAGGACACCUCCCAGCAGGGGAGUUGCAUCAUUUCAUGAUAAGGUUCCUCUGGUUCUUGGCAACUUUGACAUCUCUGCUGGGUCCAGGUACUGUGUCAGGUCUUAAAGAUUCCUGCCUUCACGCCAUGCACCAAGAACCAUGGCUCCAUCUGGGCGCUCCAUGUCCACCAGUCUGUUCUGCAACACUGGAUAACUGGUUAUCAUGAGGUUGUUAAGGAGGAUAACAGUCUUUAUAAGCUUCAUGACCCAUUGUAGUCAGUAGGAUUUGGAAUCUAUUUGCAAGGAUUCCAAAAGCAUUCUCAACUACCCUUCUGGCCCUGGAGAGUCUGUAGUUAAAUAUAUUCUGUUUCCUGGUUAAGUCCCUGCUAGAGUAUGGUUUCAUCAAGUAUGUCCUGAGGCUGACAGCAUCAUCACCCACGAGAAAGUGUGGUAUAUCUUCUGUCUCCAGGCAGUGGAUCUAGUCAUGGGAAGCCUGCAAUGUCAUUGUUCUGGAGACACUCCUUGAAAUCACUUUUCAUUGGAGAUAUGUGCACCUUGCAGCUAACAUCUAUCCAGAGGAACUUGUAGUCAGAUGUAGUAUGACACUGAAGAAUCCUUUAUAGUUGAAGUAGUCCGAUCCAGUGUUCUGUGGAGCCUUGCAUGCCACAUGCUUCCCAUCUCUAGCGCCUAUGACAUGUGGAAAGUUCCAUCUGUCAUACCAUUCCUGUGAUAUCUGGCGCCAUUCAGCCUCGGUCUCUGGUGGAGAGAGCAUCUCUUCAGCAUAUUCUUGGACUAUGGACUCACAAACCUCCCGAACAACUUUACUGAUGGUGUUGUGUGGGACUCUCCAGGCAUUUUGCAUAUCCCUGUACUUGCCGCCAGUGGGACCGGCUCUCAAACCUAAAGCUUUCAAGUUUCUAAGGAGAACAUGAAUAAAUUAGACCACUAAAUCGCUCGAUCAGUUCCAUUUAAAAACAAAGCAUUAAUUCUACAAAUAAAUUUGAAUGUUUUUAAGUUUUCAAGUACAAACAUAAAAUUGACAAACAUUUUCGCUCAAGAAUGAUCAAUUAUUUCAGUCUGAGGUUGAUCAUGUUUGAUGGGACUGUUUGCGGCAUUUACAGUGUUACCAGAAACAUGAUUAAGACAAAAAUGGAUAAAAAUAGAUUACAUGUACAAAUAAAUAUUUAUAGUAAGUAACUUUGUUUAAUAAACACACUUAAAAAAGAGAAUACAUUAAAAUGUGGUAAGAUAAAGUAAAAGAGAGGGAUUCUAUGUAUUGUGUCUUAGAGUUAAAUAAGUGGGUUUUUAUGGAAGACCUAUAAAGAGGAAAUGUUGUAGACCAUGGGUGCUAACACUUGUAUGAGUUUAUCUUUUAUUGAUUGAUUGAAAGAAUGAAUAGUCUGGUUUAUUUCAACCAAAGAGGAAAAAAAAUAAACUCAUUACAGAAAUGAUGAAAGCAUUGGAUAAACCAGUGAUCUGCGGUUUUGGAGCCACAAAUGGCUCUUUUACCUCCCUGUUGUGGCUCUCUGGUUCAAGAAAAAUACGUUUUUAAAUUUAAAAAGUGACAUAUUUUCAGUCAGAUAAGUCAGACAAUUUUUGAGUACUGUGUACCAUAGUAAAUCAACUGCAGGUCAGUGAGCGUAGUCAGGAUUAAAGAUCAUUUUUCUAUUUUUUUCUUUUUAGGCAUUGUAACCCUUCUGCUCUCCUUGGCUUGUUCACAUUAAAAGUGGGGUCAUCUAGACCCCACAAGACUGAACUUUUUUUAAUCUUUGAUUAUUGAGAUUCACUAAUGUCCAUGGCAGACAUAAAAUCCUGUCCCCCUUUGUCCACAUUUGUCAUGGAAGGAAUCACAAAUCAAUAUGUGAUUGGAGUCAUCUGGACCCCAAAGAGAGCCGAAGGGUUUUAAGUCGACCAAAUGGUCAGAAAAAUCUGGAAAGGCUCUCUUAAAAUGAGCUCUGAUUCAAUUUUAGCAAGUUAAAUGUAUGAAUUUCUGGGUGAGAUUUAUCAAAAACAGUAUAAUAAAGAUUUUCUUUUUAAAUAUCA